AUGCAUACGCGUACAAACACUACAUCUUUAGGUCUGGCAGCUCAUUUUCGAAUCAAGACGGCAACCAGCAACCCCUUCAGCACACGCCAAGUGUGCAGCUACUUCUACAAGCCUAUCGUUGAUGCUCAAGAUGAGCCGACUGGGUACUUCCGUUGCCAGUGCAACGUUGUGCGCAAGCAAGCGCCUAAAACGGGCUACAGCAACAUCUUUGAUCACGUCCUAAAGCGCCAACCGGACUUCGUGGGCACGAUGAUGGCCAGCAGCACCAACACCGUCACCCUCAGCUUUGUCGACCAGAAAUCUCAGACUGUCUUCAGCUAG